AUGUAUAAAAAUACUGAGGAAAAAAAUACUUACUUUAAUGAGUUCAAUCUAAAAAGUAAUGUUUGUUGCGAUUUUAUUUCAAGUAGCACAUUUGGAGGAGAUCAGAUUAGUAAACUAAAAAAUAAAUUAUUUAAUUGCAACAAUAGUGAAUUAAUUGAUAUAAAUAAUUCAAAAGAUAAUGGAUAUAAUGAUAUAGAAAAUAAUAAUAAUAAUAACAACGAAUUAUUACAUUUAUUAGAUAACAUAAAUUAUUUAAAUGCAAAUUUAUAUUAUAAUAAAAAUAAACUACAAAAUAAAAAAAAUAUUACAUCUUUUGAAGAUAAGAGUAGUUUGAGUCAGCAUGAUUAUUUAAAUAUUAAAAAAAGUAAAUUAAUUAAUAAUUUAAACUUUUUUAUGCGUGUAUGUUGUAAUAAAAAAUCAUAUAUAAAAUUUAUAAAUCAUUAUUUCAAUAUAAUUUAUAGUAAUAAUAUUAAUAUAUUAUUUCAAUAUGAAUGUAUAUUGCAAAAAUUUGAAGAAAAUAAUGAAAACUUAACUGAAAAUGAUUAUUAUAAUGCAUAUAUUAAUUUAAAUAAAAUUCCUUUACAUAUUAAUGAAAAUGUUAUAAUUCAUGGAAAAAAUAUAGACAUAAAUAAUAAACAGGAGAAUAUAAGAAAUAAUAAUCUUUUUGAAAAUAAUAUAAUAAGUUUUUUAAAUGUAUAUGAUAAUUUAACUGUUAAUUUUUUUAAUCACAUAUUUAACAAAAUGAAUAAUGAUAGUAAUAUGCAAAGUUCCCACUUUGAUAACAUAAUUAAUAAUUUUUUACAUAAAAAAAAUUUAUUAAAAGAAAAUAUUUUUAACAUACUUUUAAAUAUAAGUAAAUCUUACGAAAUCAAAUAUAGUGAUGUUAUUAGUGAUAUUAAAAAUGAAGAAUAUUUAAAGGAUGGAAAUGAAAAAAAAAUUUUAGAAAUCCUAAAAAAUAAAAUAGAUAGAGAAGCAAAUAAAUUAAAUAAAAUAAAUAGUGUUACUAGUGAUUAUAAGAAUAAUACGAUUCAUUUAAAAAAUACAGAAAUAUAUAUAAAUAAUAAAAAUAAUGAUAUUAAAAAUAAAGACAAUGGUGAAAUAGAUAAUUAUUGUGAUGGUAUUACAAAUAAUAUUAAUAAAAAUAGUUCUAAUAAUAAUGAUACUACUAAUAAUAAUGAAAAUGUAUUUUUAGAGGAAAUAAAAGAAAAAUUAAAUAAAGAAAUUGAAAUAUAUGACAACAAUCAAACAAAAAAUGAAGAAGUAGAUAAAAAGAAAAAUAUUAAUACAAUAGACAAUAUAUAUAAAUUUUUGAAAAAUAACAUUUUUAUUCCUAAUAACAACAUUUACACUGAUUUUGUUGAAAAUGGAAAUGAUAUUUUUUUAAAUAAAAUUAAAAAAAGUGAUAAGAAUGCUUAUUUUAAAUUAAUAGAAAAAUUUGAUCGUAUGUAUAAUAUAAUAAAUGAAUUUAAAAAUAAUAUAAAGAAUAGCAAAAUGCAAGAUGAUAAUUUAAAUAAUGAUAAAGAAAACAUACAAAAAAACAAAAAAAAAAAAAAUGAUUUCAAUGAAUAUGAAUUUAAAGUUAAUAAUCAGACUAAAAGAUGUUUAAGAAAUUGUAAUUGUAAAAAAAAUAAAAAAAGUAAAAGAAGUAAAAGAAUAAAGAAAAUUGAAAUAUCAAAAAAUAAAAAAAUUAAAUUAGAAGACAAAAAAAAAAAAAAUUAA